AUGUCAGAUCAAAAUGAUCAAGAUUUGACAAUCGUCAUCGGUGCAGGCAUAGUAGGCUCAUCACUUGCAUACUUCCUCUCGGAGUCCUCGCCCGAAGCCAACAUCCUGGUCCUAGACCGCUCUCUCAGCACCAUCGCUGGCUCAACUGGCUAUGCUCCUGGCUUCAUUGGCCAAUACAACGAAAAGUCAGCCCUCACAAAGCUUGCCAUUCAAUCUGUAGCCGAGUACGCUAAACUCGACACUGGUUUCGCUCGCACAGGAGGCUUAGAAUUAGCAUCCACAGAUUCAGGCAUAAAGACUCUGCAUUCUAGACUCGAGGCUAGCAAGAAGGCAGGACUUCUGGCAAAAUUGCUUGAUCAAGCAGAAAUCGAGGCCCUCAAGUUUCCGAUCACCACUCCUAUCCCAGAGACCAAAGCGCUAUUCUUUCCGGAUGAUGGCGUCGCAGAACCUAAGAUAUUGUGUUCAACAUACCGUAGCAAGGCAGCGAAGAACGGUGUAUGCUUCCGUGAAGCUUCCGUCUCAGAGCUUAUCGUAGAGCACGGCGCUAUCUCAAAAGUUCGUCUCGAAACAGGAGAGACCGUCUCAUGCCGAAAAGUCGUUCUCGCGACUGGUAUCUGGACUGCUUCCCUCCUUCGUGGCUCGUCUGCCAUACCGUCUGUCCCCGUGGUUCCGGUCAGUCACCCCUACGUCUACUCGACAGAUAGACAGCAUGAAGUCCCAACCACGCCAUUCAUGAGGUGGCCAGAAUCGCACGUCUACUCACGAGACCAUGGAUCUCGCUACGGGGUGGGAACCUACGACCACGCACCACAAAGAGUCGAUUUCCCAGGGUCUACAGCCACAGUUCCUUGGUCGAACGAGCUUUUCGAUCCUGCGAUGACGCGAGCAGUUUCUGGUAGAUUUGCAGCAGAAGCAGGAUUUCGUGAGAAAUACCCAUUCGGUGUAGAGCAAAUCGGAGGCGUGUUUUCUGUGACACCUGAUAACAUGCCUUUGCUUGGUCCUGUCGCUGAGAUCGAUGGACUGUGGAUGGCGGUAGCGAUAUGGGUGACCCAUGCCGCUGGAUGUGCGAGAUUGCUAGAAAAUAUGAUACUAGGGAGUGGUUACGAUAAGGGGGUUGCAGAAGCUCUAGAUCCAGACAGAUUCGUUGGAAGGAGUGCUGAUGAGCUUGAGCACACUGCUUUGAGGCAGUAUAACGAUAUCUAUAGCACGGACAACUAG